UUUUAAAGCAAAAUCGCCCUCAUUUGACAUAUUACCAAGUUCCUUUUUCCUCUGCAUCUCAUCGUUUGUCCAGGGGUAAAAGGCCGGGGAUUCUUUUACCUCACAAAGGUUAUGAGAGGAAUAGGAAAUUGAAAAGUAACUAUGGAGACCAACUCCUCCGUGUAAAAUGACGAAGGGGCACACGGAGACGAUAAUGGGAACGCGCCGACAGACUGAAAGCCAUUAACAUUGUUUCGGCCGUUAAGGCGGUUGGCGGCAACUCUCCGCCCAGGGGCGGUUGCGUCGCAGCCCGAAGCGUGACUCGGCGCACGCUCCCUUUCGGCUCCUCGGCUCACCGAGCCAGCGACUGGGGCGCGGAGAACUACCGCUCCCGUGAGGCUCUGCGCGGCCCAGAGUGCUUUACAAUAGAGCUCGGUUGGAGGGCCCUGCGGAGAAGCUCCGGGAAGUACUGCUUCCGGCCAUGUUCAGCUCUGGACGAAGAAUGGCCGAGAAGUGGAGAGUCGGUGAGAGACUCCAAUGCCCAGCGGGCCGUGCGCGGGCGGCGCUUGCGCGAUACGCGGACGGGGGGGCGGUCGGGCCAUUUAAAUGUGUGUUUGUGGGUGAAAUGGCUGCGCAGGUCGGAGCGGUCCGCAUAGUACGGGCGGUGGCGGCGCAGGAGGAGCCGGACAAAGAGGGGAAGGAGAAACCCCACGUUGGGGUCUCGCCGCGGGGAGUGAAGCGGCAGCGCCGAGCGAGCAGUGGGGGGUCUCAGGAGAAGCGGGGGCGGCCGAGCCAGGACCCCCCUCUCGCUCCCCCUCACCGGCGGCGUCGCAGCCGCCAACAUCCCGGGCCGCUGCCGCCAACGAAUGCAGCCCCAACCGUCCCAGGCCCUGUUGAGCCUCUGCUCCUGCCGCCUCCGCCGCCACCUUCGCUGGCACCCGCCGGGCCCGCUGUCGCUGCCCCGCUCCCGGCCCCGGGCACUUCGGCCCUCUUCACCUUCUCGCCCCUGACGGUGAGCGCGGCCGGGCCCAAGCAUAAGGGCCACAAGGAGCGGCACAAGCACCAUCACCACCGCGGCUCUGAUGGUGACCCCGGUCCCUGCGUUCCGGGAGAGCUCAAGCACAAGGACAAGCAGGAAAACGGCGAGAGGACUGGAGGGGUGCCUCUAAUCAAGGCCCCCAAGAGAGAAACACCAGAUGAAAAUGGUAAGACCCAGAGAGCUGAUGAUUUUGUCUUGAAGAAAAUAAAGAAGAAAAAGAAAAAGAAACACCGAGAAGAUAUGCGAGGAAGACGCCUUAAAAUGUACAAUAAGGAAGUACAAACCAUCUGUGCUGGCCUGACCCGCAUCAGUAAGGAAAUCCUCACCCAAGGACAAAUAAAUAGCACUUCAGGAGUUAAUAAGGAGUCCUUCAGGUAUCUGAAAGAUGAACAGCUGUGUCGAUUAAAUUUGGGCAUGCAAGAAUAUCGGGUACCCCAGGGAGUACAAACACCUUUUAUGACUCACCAGGAACAUUCUAUUCGUAGAAAUUUCUUAAAAACAGGUACUAAAUUUAGCAACUUUAUUCAUGAGGAACACCAGUCCAAUGGUGGUGCUCUUGUCCUUCAUGCUUACAUGGAUGAACUCUCAUUUUUGUCUCCAAUGGAGAUGGAGAGAUUUUCUGAGGAGUUUCUUGCUUUGACAUUCAGUGAAAAUGAGAAAAAUGCUGCUUACUAUGCUUUAGCAAUAGUGCAUGGAGCGGCCGCUUAUCUCCCAGACUUCUUGGACUACUUUGCUUUUAAUUUCCCCAACACUCCAGUGAAAAUGGAAAUUCUGGGCAAGAAAGAUAUUGAAACAACCACCAUUUCAAAUUUUCACACUCAGGUCAACAGGACAUACUGCUGUGGCACCUACCGAGCAGGUCCUAUGCGGCAGAUAAGUCUUGUUGGAGCAGUAGAUGAAGAAGUUGGUGAUUAUUUCCCAGAGUUCCUUGAUAUGUUAGAAGAAUCACCAUUUCUGAAAAUGACUUUGCCCUGGGGUACACUUUCUAGCCUUCGACUCCAGUGUAGGUCCCAGAGUGAUGAUGGGCCUAUCAUGUGGGUAAGGCCAGGAGAGCAGAUGAUCCCUACAGCAGAUAUGCCAAAGUCACCCUUCAAAAGACGACGAUCAAUGAAUGAAAUUAAAAAUCUCCAGUACCUACCUCGGACCAGUGAACCCCGUGAAGUCCUCUUUGAAGAUAGGACAAGAGCUCAUGCUGAUCAUGUAGGUCAGGGGUUUGACUGGCAGAGUACGGCUGCUGUUGGGGUUUUGAAAGCUGUACAGUUUGGUGAAUGGAGUGACCAACCUCGCAUAACCAAAGAUGUGAUUUGUUUUCAUGCUGAGGAUUUUACUGAUGUUGUACAGAGACUUCAGUUGGACCUUCAUGAACCUCCAGUUUCCCAGUGUGUGCAGUGGGUGGAUGAAGCGAAACUAAACCAAAUGAGGCGGGAAGGCAUUCGUUAUGCUAGAAUUCAGCUGUGUGACAAUGAUAUCUACUUCAUCCCUAGAAAUGUCAUUCAUCAGUUCAAAACAGUGUCAGCAGUGUGCAGCUUAGCCUGGCAUAUAAGGCUUAAACAGUACCACCCUGUUGUGGAAGCCUCUCAAAACACAGAAAGCAGUUCUAACGUGGACUGUGAUGUAACUGGAAAGAGAGAAUUAGAAGUUGACUCCCAGUGUGUGAGAAUAAAAACUGAAUCUGAGGAAACAUGCACAGAGAUGCAACUUUUGACAACUGCUUCAUCGUCCUUCCCACCUUCAUCUGAACUUAAUCUACAGCAAGAUCAGAUGACUCAGCCUAUUCCAGUUUUAAAGGUGGAAAGUAGACUGGACUCUGACCAGCAACACAAUCUACAGGAACAUUCAAGCACUCCUGUGUGAUAUAUCCGAUUUCCCCAUCUCCCACUUGCCAUCCAGCAGAUGCCAUCUGUCAUCUAAGCUGGUCAUUGCUAAUAAACAAGGAGACUGUCUCCUGACAGCCAUCACUGUGUAUAAUCACUCAGGAACCAGCGGAUCUGCAAAGACCUACAAUCAAAAGCAAAUCCCCAUUUUCUUUUUAUAAAACAUUCUACCCUCAACUCCAAUAUAACAUAUUAAAAGAGUAUAAAAAUGUUUAAAAUCAUGUACUAAUAAAUUCAUUGUAUGUUAGAAUUGCAAUAGAACUGAGAGAGAAACAUUUAGCUAGUAAUGUAUCUGGAAACUGAAUGUCUUAUGUGAGUAUUAGAUUUUAAUAGCAUGCUUUAAAGACUGAUGAAUAUAAAAGCGCAAGUUUUGAGUUUCUUCUUUAAAGCUGUAUCCUAGUUUAGUGAUACAAAUGAUAGCAACUUUUCUAAAAUCAUUAAAUUAUUUGGUUUGGUGGAGUGAGGCAUGGAACAAUCUGGCGUCUUCUGACUUGUAAAGUAGUGAUGGCAGUGAAGUUGUAACUGAAAUGUAAGCUGAUCUUCCUUUUUUGGUAUGUUACCUGUUGUGCCAGCUCUUUGAGAUUACUUGCAGAAUGUGGCUAUAAGUUUUAGUAUUUUGUGGAGCAGAGGGAUAUUUUUAAAAUGUGCUUAUGGAAAGGACCCAGUAAAUGAGUAAACUUAGUAACUAGAAUGAUUUUAUGGUAUUCACUAAUCAGGAGAAAAGUCUUCCCCCUGCCCCAGAAGUCAUUCUAUAAUUACCAAGAUACACUAGGAGUAGGAUUAUGAUUCAAAGAAGUAUCCCAAAUUCAUAAAGCAAUAAUAAUAAAAACUACAUAUUUCUUUCCCUUCCAAAGUUUUUAACUCUUUAAAAAUGAAUUCCUAGGCUUAAUUGUACUUUUAAUUUGCUAAUUUAGUACUUAGAAUUUGUUUCACUGGUACUUUAUUAUUUUGAAUUUAAAGACUUUUGAAAGGUGCCCUUUCCCCUUAGAGAUAGUUGGAAUAACAGUAGACUAAUAUUAAUUAAAAGCUCUUGUAGGGGGAAAAAGGGGCUUAUCAUAUAAAAUUAUUUACUAAACCGUAGGAAAAGGUGUCUUGCAUCAGUCUUAAUAGGCAUAAAGUUCAUGCUUAAUGACUGGAGAAACUUUUGCUUAUUGCCUUUCCCUCUAUAAAUAUUGUCUAGAAUGAAAGCUAAUUUAGGAACAAGAUACCAAAAUUCAAAAAACCCCUUAGUGCAUGUAUUCUUGAUUAUUAUUAGUUCAUUAUUAGAUCAUUUAUUUUCAUCUGUAUUUGCCAUUAAAAAUUUAUUUGCAUUUAUCUUUAAAAUAAUUGAGUUUGUGUCUUUCUGAUAAAUCUGUUUUAUCAUUGCUACAAGUUUUAAAAAAAAACCUUUCACUAGUACAUGCCAGAGGUUCAUAUUUCUGCUAAGUAUUAUUUUUUAAAAAACAGGUUGUAGCUAUAUUUAUUGGUCAUGCAGUAAGUAGAGGAAAUGUACAAGACAGAUGUUUUUCUUUAGCACAGAAGGGACCUAUCCUCAUCCUGAAAGUUUGUUGCUUUAAAAGCAAGUAUCUCUCCAUAAAUAUUAUGGCCUUCCAUUUUCUUCAUACAUCUUUUAGGAUUCACUUGUGCAUGUAGUUGAGACCACUGUCUCUUAAUAUAGCACUUUUCAAUUCUCUCUAAAGAAAUACUUAUGUACUACUUCUAUCACAUGUUGUAAAUUUUCAUGUAAUAGUGUUUUCUGUGACUAAACUCCAUUUUGAUUGGCAGCUAAGACUUUUUUUCCUGUGGCUUUAAUUUAUCUAAGAGGUCUUUGCAUAUAGAUGAAAUGUAUAAUUUGCCUGGCGGACUAUUUGCGUUUUGUGGCCUUAGUUUAUUGACAAUGAGUGUUUUAAAAAGGUUUUUAAUGAAUAGUCUUAAAUCUAAAUUUGUGUGAAUAAUAAUCCUUUUAACACAGUGCUUUUUUGUAGCUGUCUAAGUGUGUUAAAUUGUUAAGCUAUUUCUUUGUAAAAUAGGACAAUGGAAUGCAUA